AUGGCUUCCGUCGCCGCGGCCGACGAGGAGCGUCGCGACCGCAUCGUCUCCCACAUGAACCGCGCCCACACCCGUGAGCUCGCCCAUUACCUCCGCCACUUCGCUGGCGCCUCGUCCCGUGAUGCCUCCAACCCGUCCCUGCGCGACCUGACGCUGCAGGGCAUGCGCAUCCGCGCUGCCGGCAACGACUACGCCAUCCCCUUUGCCCCCCCUCUGGACAACUGA